CCUACUGCCAACCGUAGUACCACGUCCCAGCGACUUCGGCAAUUUUAAGUCGCAUCGGCACGAUUCUCGAAGCAGAUGCGGCGCUAAGCGCCAGCAUAAACUGUCAAUCAUACCGAUUUCGAACAACAAAGUACAAUGCAAGAGAAUCCCCCUACAAUCACAUCAUGAUACACAGAUGAGCGGCAUGCGCGGCAAGUUGAUUCUCACUUAUAACAUGAGUUGAUGUAGGAGCUGAGCCCCACGGAUGCUCCUGACAGUUCUGGGGAUUAUGACCAGUGUCCGUGUUUCCAAAAUUCGGAAUACCGGGACUGCAGUCAGGCCAACUCAUGCUGAGAUCUCCAGUGAUUGUGGUCGAUGUCUCUUGCGGCUUCGAGACAAAUGUAAAAAGUUAUUUCUCGAGAGAUCCGAACUUUUUUGUCCACGGUCCUCGAGUCUACGGACCGGAAGUAUUGCUUGCGUCAGCGGCAGGAUGACCAUCUUCCACCUCCAAGCCAGAAAUACCUUUGAUAACCCAUUUGGAAGGACUUUGCAGACGACGUGGGGCAGACAUGGCGAUUGUCGAUUCGUGUAUACUGAGUCCCUUUUAUCAAGCACAACUCCCUUUGACUCCUGGACAUCACGAAAAAAAAAGCAGGGGUCCUUGCCAUCUCCGGCCUGCUGUGACGUGACAGCCAAUGAAUUUAGGGACAUAGUGACCUGUUGGCAAUUCACGACAGCGCAGACGUGAUGUUGCGAUGCUGAGAUUGGUGGGUGGACACCCCCUGCUGGUGACGCAUUAGUAUGGAGCAUUUCCUGCUGGGGAAGUAAC